UUUUAAUAUAAUCACAAGUUUUCAAACCAUUCACUAAUGGUGAUGUUGUUUGCGUGUAAUUCGUGAAAAUUUAUUUUGUAGCGUUGGUGAACAGUCAAUUGAAUGAAUAUUUUGACAAACUGCAGACACUCCCUGCGUCGACUUCUUCCGUGUUCAAUAAUGGCAGGAGCUGGCGAACCAAAGAAAGAUAUUUUUGCUGAGUUUGACAGACUCGGGGCACUUCUAGGGUUUUCCACGCCAAAGGGUCGACCUAGCUCAAAUAUGAGUGAAUUCAGAGAACAUUUUGCCAAAGCCAAGCACAUAGUGGUACUCACUGGGGCAGGAGUUAGCGCAGAGAGCGGUGUUCCAACAUUUCGCGGAGCUGGUGGUUUCUGGCGCAAAUGGCAAGCCCAGCAACUAGCUACACCAGAAGCCUUUGCCACAGAUCCCUCACUGGUUUGGGAGUUUUAUCAUCAUAGACGAGAAGUCAUGAACUCAAAGAAACCCAACAUGGCCCACAUUGCUAUAGCUGAAUGUGAGAAAAGGCUGGCAGAGCAGAAUCGGCGUGUCAUUGUCAUCACCCAGAACAUUGAUGAGCUUCACCGCCAGGCAGGAACCCAAAACAUCCUGGAACUUCACGGAAGUCUGUUUAAAGUGAGGUGUACAAAAUGUGCAGAGGUUACUGUGAACAGGGACAGUCCAAUCUGUGAGUCUUUGGCAGGCAAGGGGGAACCUAAUCCUGAAGCAAAGGAUGCUGGGAUACCAGUGGAAAACCUUCCUCGGUGUGAGAAGGAGAGCUGUAAAGGACUACUGCGGCCACAUGUUGUCUGGUUUGGAGAAUCUUUAGACCCAACUGUUUUACAUAAUGCCUACAAGGAGCUUGGAGAAUGUGAUCUUUGUUUGGUGGUGGGAACCUCAUCAGUUGUUUACCCAGCGGCCAUGUUUGCUCCAGAAGUAGCUAGCCGUGGUGUUCCUGUGGCUGAAAUAAAUAUGGAGGAAACUGAUGUCACAACAAGUCUAGGGUUUCAUUUCCAAGGACCAGCAGGAACCAUUGUGCCAGAAGCUCUGGCUAAACAUGAAUCGGAACCCUGAAAUUGUUCCCUGUGUCAGACCCUGAAGACAUUCCCUGAAUGUGAACACUGGAGUUAUUCUUUGUAACAACACUCUGAAAUUAUUUCUGUGUGUUGGAACCAUGAAGUUAUUCCAUGUAUCAGAAGGCUGUAGCUUCUCCUUGUCUAAAAUGUCCAUGGUGUUAUUGCUUUAUUCAUAAACAAAGAGCAUUAAUCCAGUGAUCGAAGCAGUGAAACGAAACUGAAUAUCUUCAACAUUGGAUUUUUUAAAACUUCUGUGAUAAGUAGUCAUCAUUAUGUUGAUAGUAUAGAUUAUGCUAUUAUUUUUUUUAUGCAUAAAAGAAUAAUUAUAGUAUAAAAAGACCCCACAAAAUGCACGAACUUAAAGUUAUUCUUUAUUGCUGACAGAGCUACAGUGUAGAUACGGCCGAGGAUAAGGAUUAAUUCAUUGCCUUUCUGUCUUCCCUAUUUACAUAUGUAACCUCAGGUGAAGAGCAGAGGUGCAUGGUACAAUGCUGCCUACGCAUGUUAUUUGUGUUACUCGGUCCUGACCUGGGUUGUGUCCUUGGGCAAGACACACUUUAAAACCCCAUUUGCUCUAGAUAGCAAAUAAUGGGCCUCCCUUAUGUUUUUCAGUGAGGUAUCCACUAUCAACAGCAAGGAGAAUCUGCCCAAAAAUUACUCUUGCAGUUCAGGAGAUGAUGAACCCAGCAGACACACCAUUAUACAUAUAUAUAUAUUACAUGUAAUAAAUCAAAUACAGAAUGUAUAAUUCUCUCCUACUCCUGAGAAUAUUGUGUUUACAUGACAACACAACAAGAAGAACAUUGUCAACAGAUCAACUUCUGUAUCAUAAUACCACACAGUUAACAUAAAACCGAGUAAUCAGAUGUAAACAAAGCUGAAAAAUGAAAAACAACUGAAUACCGGGAUAUUUUCACCCCACCAGGUUAUUUUCUACAUUGUACCAUAACACACAAAUUCUCACCAUGGUCGUUUCUUUCUCAGAGGAUUACAUAACAGGGUUACAUAAGUGUAAUAAAUUUUUGCCUCAUCUUAAAUUCACACUCCCUGUUCAUAGGUGAAAAAGGGUGAAAAUUAAACAGGGACGUAAAAUUCCUGUUAUGCAGUAUAUCUAUAAGACCAUUGUAGCUUGCUAAUAUACAUUUUACUAAAAUGCAGUGCUUGGAAAAUCUUGGGGAAUAAUUUGACCUCUAUAGACAGUGGACAUUUUGGUCGAGCAUUUGAUAUGGCAAUAUUACAAUGUCAGCAUAGACAUGGGCUUUUACAAAUUCAGCAUGCACAUUUUACCUCCCAUAAGUGGAAGCCUUUGAUCGACUGGUGGUCACUGUUAUUUAGCCCACCAACAUCAGAUGAGGGUGGUCUGAUUGUGUAGUGGUAUAAUGCAUUCAGAUGUCCAGGGUUUGAUUCUCUGAGUGGACAUGAAAAUGUAUGGGAAUCACCUGCCUGACCACAUGGGCUUUCCCAGUUACUGCAGUUUCUUGGCUAAACGGAAUGAUUAAUAUAAGCUGAUAGCUUGUUUCCCAAUUGUUGUAAAAUGAAUAAAGUUGAUAUUUAUCACAUGAUGGGCAAAUCACCUUUCAUCAAUGUUCAUUGGCAGUCAACAGUCUGUCCAUAAACAAAAAUCAUUCAUUCAUGAACUUUUGUCCAAACAGUCCAUGAGUAUAACAGGUGUACAUUAAAAACAAGGUACAAUAUGUAUAUAUGAAAUACUAGAAACAAGAAAAGAAAGUGAAGAAUGGAUUAAGAUCUCAAUUUCUUAACUUCUUUGACUCAAAAAAUAGGUUUACUUGCAUGUAUUUGACACAAAUCCUUGGUAUUUUUCACACAAAUUUAAACAUAAACAGAUUUCUCUAAUAGUACAUACCUUUUUAUGAAACAUUGUCUUAAAUCUUUGUAAGUAUCACAUGUCAAAAUAAAAUUACUUCAGUAGUUGAUUUACAAGUUGUACAGUAUCUCUGAGCUCAAUUGACAGUAUGGUACUGGCCUGUUUCUAUUGUAAGGAAUGUGAAGACAGAUGCAAUCAUGUUGAAUUAAUUAUUAAAAUUCUUCUGUGUAUAUUUUGUCAAAUAAUGCUGUAUAGAAAAGUUAUCUACAAUAUGCUUGUAUAAAUAAAAUCUUGAUGAGGACUCCAUUAAA